AUGAAGAGCUACACCCAGGCAGACGCCUUCCUACCUAAACGCUUACACUUGUCACCCGAACAGGAGCAGGCUCUGACCGACUUGGCCGACCGCAUCGUAGCGGAGACGCUGCAGGAGAACGAGGACUUUAUUGCCAACGACCGGCGGGUCGACGCUCGUAUCUGGAAGAAGGUCAAGUCGCGCGAGCACGUGCACGUGUAUCGCACUCGACGGUCCGGCAGCAAGCAUCGCGGUCACAGCAGCGACGUCAACGAGAAAGACCCCAGUCGUCCACGCCUGCUGUCCAACAACGCCGUCGAACAGCAUCAACGCGACGCCAUCGCAGCCGGCCGUCCGCUCGGUUUCGUGAACGACGACGAAGAAGAAAAUCGCGGCGAGGAAGCCAGUCGAACGAACACACACAGCUCAACAAGUGAUGGCGGCUCCUUCACUCUGGAUGACAGCGUGCUGGCGAAAACCAAGCCGUCGUACGUGCCGUUGAUCGAGGCGUCCGGCGUCAUGGACGGAUUCGUCGAGGACGCGGCGUUCGGAGCUCUAGCUGACACAAAAUACGCGUGGGAAGUGCGCAGCUCGUACACCAAGAACGACGGCUUUGACGGCCGGAAGGUGCUCGCGGUGCUGCAGAGACCUAGCGAGGAGGAUCCGUUCCGGUUUGUCGGCGUCAAAUGGGCUACGCGCGACUUUGGGGCGUUCAUGACUCGACGAGAUUUAGUGUUUCUAGAGUCGUCGGGUAUGGCGUUCGAUUCUGAUGGCGAGCGCGUGUACUACAGCCUGGCACACUCGAUAGAACUGGGCGAGGUGCCUACACUCGACCGGCUAAAAAUUAUCCGCCUGAAUCUCUCUAGCUGCUACAUCAUGCGACAGCUGAGCGACGACAAGAUUGACGUCUACUGCAGAGGAUACUCGGACAUGGGUGGCGACAUGCCCGAAGGAUUCAGCGUGAGCUUCUUCUCUGCCGCCGUGGCCGGCGUGUCCGGUAUGGUCGAGUGUUCGUACCUCAAGAAGCUGUCGUGGUACAUGAGUCGCCGUCGACAGAGCGAUUCUACGGGAGAAUCACGAUCCUGUCACUGCGGCGUGUGCGGCAAGAGCGUCAACAAGCUCUCCAGCCUCGUACAGCCCGGCAGCGGCUGCCCAAUCUGCAGACUGCCGGUCUGCAGCAAGUGUAGUGUGCAGAAGAAGCUGUCGAUCGUAUCGCCCGAGGACGUCGUCCAGAAGCAGUUCUCCUUCUGUCUGUCCUGUGUCAUUGAGGCACGGAAGCUGUCGGCGUGGGACGUUGCGACGUCCCUGCUCAUAGCCACAUGACUGCGGUCGAGAGCUGCAUGUACUCGCGUCCAAGGAAAA